UAGCUAGCUAGAGCCAGAGACGAAGACUUGUUCGUUUGCUGCGCGGAACCAGCAAAGGUAAAAAGAGGCGGCGAAACAAAGCAGCAACGAGCACCGCGCAGAUGGCGAAGAAACAACGCAGCCGCACUUGACAAGACAUUCACCAUUGACAAACAACACCAUCUCCUGGUUCUAGUACCAUACACAUACUGUCACCAUGAUAGGGCAAUCUUUUCUUCCUGAUCUUAGCCAUGCUGCUCUAGACUUAGAGGGGUCUUCUUUGGCUUGGCUGCCACAACAAGCAUCACCACGAACGUCGGUGAAUGAUCCUUUUUCAUCAUCACGAGAGGAUCGCCGUCGUAGCCUCGACAGCAACGAUGGCUACUCAAGCUACUUGGUAGACGCUGAUGGUAACCAGUACGAGCCAUAUUCGUUAGCAUGGAGAUACCUUGGUCUCUUUGUCGAUUGUGGCGAUGACGAAGAGAGCGAAGAUGAAGGUGACAGCAAGGACGAAAGGGAGCGUCACUUGUCAUCUGACGAUAAUAAAGGCUGCAUUCGAAAAGUCUUGUGGGCUGCAUAUCGCGAUCCCAAUUACAGUGGAGGCUCCAUUGGAGAGUACCAGUACUACGACCCUAACACGGGGAUUUAUGACGAAUCAUACUGUCGCUCAGAGCGGUGCGUCCCGUUGGAUUGUCACGAGCCCGAGAGCGAAAACUUUGAGCUGGUGGGCGUCUUCAAAGAAACUGAAGGAUUAUACGAUUUUGCGGAGCAGCUUUUCAAGCACCAAGGGUACUGUCUUUGGAGCGAGAAUACCUUCGAAAAGAUGGCCAAUUUCCGUGAAUACAUGGUUCCUUACGACUGUCAACAGUUGUAUUUCCCUGAUGAUUAUGGCAACACCAUAUACAUGGCAAUAGCUCCACAGCCCAUGGGCGAUAUGACGAUUGCCGUAUACUCAGAUGCAAUGUGCACCAAACAGUCGAGAACAACAAUCCAGGACUACAUUAUGCUUUUCUAUGACUUACAAGGCAACUAUGACAAAGGGAAACAGAUCGCCAGCUCUUGGACCACGGCCAUCAAACGGUGGAAUCAUCACAUGGGCGUGUACAAGCAGUGUCAGCCUUGCCGGGCAUAUGAUUUGUCCGCAGGAGGAGACGCACAAGAAAACUCGGGAUCUGCGGACAACAAUAAUCGACGUA